CCAGGAGAGGCGAGACGAGGGACAGACAGCGCCGGAACAGGCGCCCGGCACAAGGCAAAAACAGGCAGGCGCAGAAGAAAGACCAGGCGUGCAAGGCUGCAGGCUGCAGCAGGCCCGGCUCCUAAGCAAGCAGCUCGCGCGUGAAUUGAAUGCCGUGGCAUUCACUCAGAUCAGCCUCGGCCUCACCCCGCAACAAACCACUGCUGUGCCCAGUACUCUACUGCUAACUGCGGCAGCUUCCUCUACGACGACUACUACUAAUAAACGACGAACACUUGUUGGUUAUAGCGAGCCUAGCCUAGCCACCAAGUCUAAGUGAGCCCCGCCUCCCCGCUUCGCCUCGCGCCGCGUAUAUAACGCGACUCACUAGCGAGUGCUGCCGCGCGGGAUUCGGGCUCGGGCGCUCGGCGUCGGCGGCGGCUAUAUGAGCGGGGGCCUCGUCGCCAGGAUCGGCACCGUCGUCCGCUCACCCAUGGCGGCCGCGGCGGUCGCUGGCGACGGGCCACGGAAGCGCCCGCGGCGGCCCAGCAGCAGCGUCAGAAUGGAGGACAGGGGAAGGGGAGGCGACGGCGGGUGCUGCUGCUCCAGCAGCGGCAAGGCGGCGCUGGAGCCCGCCACGACGAGGCUGGUGGUGAUCGUCGGCGCCACGGGCACGGGCAAGACCAAGCUGUCCAUCGACGCGGCUGUGGCCCUGGGCGGCGAGGUCGUGAACGCCGACAAGAUACAGCUCUACGCGGGCCUCGACGUCACCACCAACAAGGUGCCCCUCGCCGACCGCCGCGGCGUCCCGCACCACCUCCUGGGCGCGGUCCGCGCCGACGCGGGCGAGCUGCCGGCGACGUCGUACCGCGCGCUCGCGGCGGAGGCCGCGGCGUCCGUCGCGGCGCGCGGGCGUGUGCCCGUGGUGGCGGGCGGGUCCAACUCCCUCAUCCACGCGCUCCUCGCCGACCGCCCCGACGCGGCGCCCAGUGACCCGUUCGCGGCCGCCGACUGGUACCGGCCGGCGCUGCGGUUCCCGUGCUGCCUCCUCUGGGUGGACGUGGACGGCCCCGUGCUUGACGACUACCUGGACCGGCGCGUGGACGACAUGGUGCGCGAGGGCAUGGUGGAGGAGCUCCGGGAGUACUUCGCGUCGACGUCCCCCGCGGAGCGCGCCGCCCACGCGCCCGGGCUGGGCAAGGCCAUCGGCGUGCCGGAGCUGGGCGACCACUUCGCGGGCCGCAAGAGCCUCGCCGCCGCGAUCGACGAGAUCAAGGCCAACACGCGGGUGCUGGCGGCGGCGCAGGCGCGCAAGAUCCGGCGCAUGGCCGGAGCCUGGGGCUGGCCCGUUCGGCGCCUGGACGCGACGCCCACGGUCCUCGCGCGCCUGGCCGGCGCUGACCGCGCCGCCGAGGUCGCCGCGUGGGAGCGCGACGUGCGCGGGCCCGGGUUCGCCGCCAUGCGCCAGUUCCUCGACAGCCACCGCCACCAGGAGCAGCAGAGAUGGCCGCUGGCGCGGAGGCAAUGCCGUGGCAUGGUGGGGUGACUCGGCCGGGACGCGUCAAAAGGCCGGGAGCCGAGCGUCCUCUCCUCCGGGUUCAAAAAUUUUGUGAUAGGCCAGGCCGCCGAAUUUUGGAGAGGCCCGGCGGCCACCGGGCACCGGUCGGUGGGGCCGUAGCGGCUGGUGGCGCCGCGCCGCACAGCGAGAGCAUCAUCAGAAACAGAAGCGAGACGAGAAGACCACCGGAAGCAACUGCCCUGCCCUGGCCAGCAGCUCAGUUUUUGCCGGGCCUGUGAAUUCUCUGAGGCAUAGCAAUCUCUCUCUUCCUUUUCCGGUUCCAUCCCUUUUUUUUUGUCUAGUAGCGAGACAGCAGCACUUGUACACAGCAGCAGCGUAAUCUAGUCGGUUUCAAAUUUUGGAAUA